AUGGCACUUUAUAGUCGAAACGGUUUUUGUUGGUCACUAAAUCCGCUUCUUAUUAUUGUGGCAUUUUGUGAAUUUUGGCUUGGAAUCAGUCAUGUGCUAUUCUGUUUACCGUUCCAUCCUUUCCUGAUACCAGUCAUUGCUGCUGUUUUCGCUUUUAUCACCGCUUUUCACGCCCUUUUCCUUCGUUUUUCAAACAGAAUGGAUUUUGUACUCAAUUGUUGUUCUACAGCAUUGGGAUUGCUUCUACUAGCAUCAUCAGCCACUGAGACAUUUUGUGGAGUAGAUGGUAUACUGGACAGGGUAAAGGAUAAUGACGCCCGUGAUGCUUCAGGAGAUGGGAUUUCAAUGUUGCAAGCACUGUGUUAUGGCCUAUCAUAUCGCGCAUCAAGUUAUCAAAAGUAUUGUAACGAUUUCUUAAGGCCAUUCCAUGAUUCAUUGCUACUCAAAUUGGAUAUAACCUCCCACAGAAACUCAAUAAAUUUCAUGACAUCGUUCUUAUUGAGCGGAUUUGCAUUUGCGCAUACUGCCAUUUGUACAGCUCUUGCUUACUACAGCGCCGAAGAGAAUGGGUAUCUAAUCCGUUCUUAUCAUGGUCAACUGGUAGUUGGCAUAAUGAUGAUUCCCGCUGCAUUGCUUCAUCGCUUCUAUUGUUGUACAUAUUUCUACCUGUGGCCUGCUGUUCUCGUCGGUCUCUAUACUGUAUUUCAAUGCAUUGUUACCUGGAAAUACCACUAUCGAGGUAAAUUUGUUCGAUUAGCAAAUAUAUUUGGCUCGGGAAUUGCGACGGCAUUGGCUGCUGCAGCAUCAUUUGGAAUAUUUUGCUCUUUUACGAGAUCCUUAAUGAAUCGCUUCCCAUUUCAACGUCACUGUUAUUUGCCAGCAUUCGCAUACCAAUAUUGUUAUCGAGUUAUAGAUUUUCGUAGUCCAUACACGGAAUGGAAACGUGAGUAUGUGAUCGCUGAGACAAGUGCAAUUCAAGUCCUCAUCAAUCUGUGGUUAUUCAUUUCGGCUGUUCUCCUCUUCUCCUUCUCAAUGAAAUCAGCUUUUACUAUUGAAAUAUUACCCGGCUAUUUGCCAACACAAUCAGUCUCUUAA